UUUGGCAAAUUCCAAAUGAUAUUUGAUAUAGCUUGCCACACUUUCAUAAAGCUCCUGGGUAUGGUUGUCAUGUGAACAGCUUCUCCCAUUUGAGCUGUGGUUCUCUCCAGCUCCUUAGAGUUACCCAUAGCCUCUUGGUUGCUUCUUUGACCAAUGCCUCCUUACUCAGUCACUAACCUUUGGUGAGAGACCUCCUGUUUUUUUUAACAGAUUUAAUGGUGCUCUGUGGGGGUACCUGGAGGACUAGCAGUUAGGCCUCUGCGCUCUGACCUCUGUGGCUCGGGUUCGAUUCCUGGCCAGGGAACCAGCCCCAGCCACUGGAGAUGCACAUGACAGUGCACUCCCAGUGCCCAUCCCAAGCCCGGAUAAAAUUGGGGAGGGGUGCAUCAGGAAGGGCAUCUGGCAUAAAACUGUGCUAUUUUUUAUAACCAAACAUAGAUUGAUACUUGUCAAGAACUUUGUCCUGGAUUUGUUUUGAUAGCUCCUUGGUCUUCACGAUGCUGUUUGUUUGGGUAUGUUCUCUAACAAAUUCUGGGGCCUUUUGGAAAUAGGUGUAUUUACAUUGUGAUCAUGUGACACAUUCUUUGCAAACUAAGGAUGUGACAUUUGAUGGUAACUGAACUAAUUUAGAACUAACCAAAACUAAUGCAGAACUAACCAAAACUAAUGCAAACCUAACCAGCACUAAUGCAAAACUAACCAAAACUAAUGCAAACCUAACCAGCACUAAUGCAAAACUAACCAAAACUAAUGCAGAACUAACCAAAACUAAUGCAAACCUAACCAGCACUAAUGCAAAACUAACCAAAACUAAUGCAAAACUAACCACAACUAAUUUAAGGGGUCCAAAGCAAUGGAGGUGAACCUUCACGUUUUUAUUUGUAAAUAUAUUGAUUAGUGAAUAUCAAUCAAUAUACUGAUUUCACUUUAAUAUGAUGGGCUAUUUUGUUUAGAUUCAUGACAGAAAAUCCCAGUUAAGGCACCUGAGUGUGUGUGUGUGUGUGUGUGUGUGUGCGCGCGCGCAAGCACGCGCGCGGAUGAUUAAAAAAAUAAAUGAGCCUACACACUAUUCCUAUUGAAAAUUCAAGCUCAAGCCACCCGUUCCUAGUGCGCAUGUGCAAGAUAUCUUCGCGUCUGUGUCACCAUGGCAACGGUCACAGGCACGGCCAAAGUGGGUGAGAAACCCUUGGAACGGCUCAAUGUAUUUACGUUACUAAGUAGCUGUUAGGUAUUUAUGAUAGUGUUUUAAUAUAAUUAAUACAUUAUAACUGAAAUGGGUUUGUAGAUUAUGACAAAACAUAUCUGUGUCUCAAUUAGCUGACUAACGAUAUAUAAGGCAAAAUUCAAACUAGCCUCUGUAGGUAGCUAACUAGGCUACUUAGCUAGCGUUAACUUGGCUAAAUAAUUUACUAGCUCGUUUGUAAGCGUCUCUGCCUAACGCCAUUUUAACAGAAGUCAGUGAUGUAGUUUGGUGAUGGGGUUAAAUGGAGCACAAACCCUUCGUUAAGACAGUGUUGUAAAUUGUGAGUGCUGACGCAGUACAUCUUCUGCAAUGGACACCAGCAGCACAGACCAUGGAGCUUUAUACAGGUCUAAUGACAGUAAGAAGAGAAACAUGAAGCCUGAUCAGGCCCAUGACGCCAGACCAAGCCAUGAAGAUGCAGCCCAUGAUCUUUGGGACUCCUUAGAAUCAGACACUGAGAGCUUGGUGCAGGAAAAAGCUUACCAGAGAGAGCUUCAGAAGCGCAUACUGGAGGGUGUUGGUGACAACACUUCCUCUUAUAAUGCCAUCUCUCCCAACAUCGAGAGAUCUGAGCAUAAAGAGGGCUAUGAUCCACAACCUGAUAUCACUGAAACACAUGGAGGCCAAAACACCAAGUUUUCAAGACAGACGCCUCCUUGGGAUGAAUUUGCUGACUUGCGCUAUGAUCCAGACUGGAGAAAGAAGCUGGAAAGGUCUGAGUUUCUCCACACAAACUUCUCCUUCGACUCCAGCGAGGAUCCUGGAGACACUCUGAGACACGCAGGACAUGUGUCUCCAAGGGAAAGACAUGAAUAUUUAGUAGUCCAUAGUCCUGUUUCAUCUGAGAUGGACACUGUUCACCCCAAACCACUGCUGUCGUCCUUUCACCUACAUCCACCAGAAGACCAAGACACUGUGCUGUCAGUACCGCAAAGCUCAUCUGCGUCCUUAGAGAGCAUGCCACAUUCAAAUUCAGAUAAAACCAUGAAGGUUAAGCACAGAAUUAAUCAAGAGCGAAGUGGUGCUGGAAUCCUGCCCUUUUCUGCUCCACGACAGAAGCAGCAGGCACAAAGUCAGAGGCAGCAUGAUGGAGAGAAUCAAAGCAUUGCUCAGGAACAAAACAUAGACAAGCUUAACAUAGUAGCCAUGCAGAGGAGACACUCCCAAAUAGUCAGAACAACCAAGCUGAGAGAGGACAUAGUGGAGCGUAAUAAAGCAACUCUGGGUAUGAACAGUCAUAAACAAGGGUCAUAUCUGAAGGCAUAUAAGCAAAGAGGAGAAAAACAAGACGAUGCAUAUCAGCUGCUACAGUUGGCUGAGGACGCUGCGAGCACUGACAGCCCAGAAAGCCCAGACAAUGCCCUCAACCUGGAGCUGAUGUGGAUACAAAAAACUCAAAAACUGAAGACCCACAACCGGAGUAAGCACUUGGACAGAACAAGGCCUCACCACCACAGAACCAAACCCAGAGGUCACCUGAAUCAGCUAGUGGAGAAACAGCACUCGCAGACUCUCUCUGAAAACCGGACCCUCAGCCCGUCUGACUCUGGCAGCGAGUCACAUUGUUCGUUCUCAUCAGCUCCAACUGUCAACCUUAACAUCAACCUCAACACCCCAGCCAGACUUGCUGAACCUUUUAUCAAUCCUGAGCCACAGAAGCAGCUCUACACACUCGCACUUCCUCCUUCACCACAGUGGAGGAUCAGAAAUGAUGAGUAUAACUCACGCUUCAAAGGGCCCAGUUAUACUUUAUGUCUUCCUCUCCCUCCUGCUGGUACUGUGGACCAUGAUAGCAUACGAGCAACUAAUAAGAACACCAUCAGGAUUUCUCCAACACGGGCAACAUUUCAAGAAAGUUUUACCUCAAAUGCUCCUCAGCUAGUGGUACAUUAUGGGGAGGAAAGUAGGGAUUCUGCCCAGACACUCCAGACUUACAGUGGAGCCUAUCCAGUGCUUCCUCCAAUAGGCAGGUCUAACAACAGUGACACUGAGCUGUGCAGUGGCAGACCAGAGGAAGCUACAAAUACUAUACGCCGGAGCAGCUCAGAGGGGUACCUGGCACAGCUAGAGAAAAAAAAGCAAAUACAGGCCAAAACAACUUAUAAGGCAUACACUCUGAAAGACUACAAGAGCUUGAAUCGGAAUGUGAGGCUGGGAGGUCUCGGACCAUCCAACACUGUUGCUGAGGAUGUGGCUGAGAAAAUUAGACAACAGAAGCUGUAUUCAAAUGUGAUCCGUGAGCAGAACAAGAAGAUAAGUAGGAUUCCCUCUCUGCCGACCAGGAACCCAGUGGGCAGAGACAACAAGAACAACAUUCCCAGGAACAAGGCCCUGGAAUACGCCAAAACCAUUGCAAAACCGAAAGCACCUCAGCAGCUGAAGGAGACACCCAAAGACCAGACUGAGAGUGAGAGAGUGUUUGAGCACUCUGCUUAUCUCCAGUUAGGAGUGGAUCUCACCCAGCUAUCUACUUUAGAGAUGCUGAGGAAACGGCAUGAGCAGGAGAAACAGGUUGUGGCAUGCUUUACAAGCACCCACGGUAGGUCGUCUGCACCCUCCGUCAGCAGCCACUAAACAGGUAGCCCAUUGCACUAAUCUGUAGAACUCAUAAGCAUAUAAGCAGCUUGUUCAAAUAAAUAUAUCUGAAUUGGAAUGCAUGUUGUCUAUUAUGUCUGUUUAUAAUAUCAAUAUAUUGUUAAUGUACUGCAGUAUAUAUUGGCUAAUGUAUUGCAUUUUAUUUUUCUUACUCAUUUUAAUCUGACAUAAAAUAUAUUGUGUGCAGUUGUCUGGUUUUAUUUUUAUUUUAUUUUUGUAUCCUUGGAUUUUUAUCUUAUCUUUUAUCAGCAUAAUUGUGGAUUGGUAAUAAUAAUGAGAGAGUCUGUGUGGCUAAAUAUUUACAUGGUGUAAAACUUCUGCUAUAGUUCAUAGAAAUAUUACAAAAAAAUGUAUAAUACGUGUAUUUUUUUUUAAUUAAAAAAAGGUGUAACAGGACAUAAACCACUGUUUUUGCUGAUCACAGCAUCAUGCAUUUUGAUUCCUUGUUAUUUUAUGAACACACCUGGCUGCACUGAUCACACCACUGUGCUGAUUUUUCAGUCACUUCCUGCCCAUUAGUCUGAUUAUUCCCACUUUACCCAUUCCCUUUUCUCUAACUGAGAAAAAAGAGGGUCAAACAAAGAUGGCACUUUGAAGCCUCCUCUGAUUAGAGCCUGUAAACUUGUUUUCUAUAUUUUUAAAGUGAUAAUUCCCACCCCCUUAAAACAAUCUCGAGCACCUACCCCUUUAAUGGAAGCCUUAGAUCGUUAUCAAAGAGCUAUUUGCUCGCAUGUAAUAUUUUAAUUAGAUUAUAGCCUCUAUUUAACCCAUCAUGUCCGCUUUGAUGCUCCGUUGUUUUCGGCGUCAAGCCUCCGUGCGCGAGCCUCAUAAACGCACAGCCUUUUGAAUUAAUGAGACUUUCCAGACCGACUCUCUUUACGUUGCGCGCGCGCUCUCUCUUUCUCUCUCUCACACGCACUCUCUUUCGUGCCAUAGAAAUCGGUUAAUUGAAGGAGUCUCUCUCUCUCUCCCUCUGUCUCUCUCUCUCUCUCUCUCUCUCAUGAAGGAGGUUGCAUUAGCAUCCCCCUCUUUUUUUGGUCCCGGGCUUUGAUGUGCGCGCGGCGCCGCGGCCUUUGCAAAUGAGCUGAUGAGGCCGCUAUUAGAGAGAGCGGCGCUCUAAUCGAACGCUUAAUCUUUUAAUUGAUCACCUUCCGCACGGCCUGCUCGCGCAGCCAGCUUUUACACACUUAUUUAUUUAUUUUUACAAUCCAAACGGCAUUUCGAAUUGUUUUUCGAAGGGUGAAAAGAGUGCACGCAUCUCAAUGAAGAAGAAGAAGAAGAAGAAAAACACAUCCCCAUUAAAGCCUUGAAAUGAGCGCGAGCGUCCGUCCUGUUGCACACGAUGUUCAUACUGAUGAAACUGUUUUUUCAAUUUUAUUUUCAAAAUUAAGGUUUGGAUAUGAUUAAAGAUAUUUAAUUGAAGACCCAGAUCGACGUAAAGAGUGUCUUUUUGGAGACUUGUGUUAUGUAUAUCUCUCUGUUCUCAAAGCAGUCUGAUUUUUCAUAAUUAAUAAAUGCACUAAUUAGAUAUACUAGGUGUUAGAGUGUAGAGUAGUGUACACUUCUUUACACGGGGAUUUAUACGCGAUGACUAAUGAGAUAACUGGUCUACGAAAAAAUUUCAUGUCUGAGACCUGCCCUGUAAUGAUGCAAAACAAAAC